UUUUUUAUAAGAUUUUUUAAAAUAAUAGAUGUGGUAGGACAAAUUUGACAAAUCAUUAAAAAAUAAAAAUCCAUAUAAAAAACGGAGCAUAAAAUGCUCAUGUUGGUGAAACGAAAUCACUUACUGGCUUUUUAUUUGUCUGUAUUAAGACCCUGUUUUGUCAUUGCUCAAUUAAAUAUGUCUUCGGGCAGCAUAGAUGCAGAUAAAUACUCGGUAGCAUACGUGACUGUUCCUAACACAGAUGUUGGAAAAACAAUCGGACAUGGGCUUGUUAAAAACAAACUUGCUGCUUGCGUUAAUAUUGUUCCUCAAGUAACAUCAAUAUAUGAAUGGAAGAAUGAAAUUAAUGAAGAUAAUGAGGCUUUGCUGAUGAUAAAGACAAGGACAUCGCUCGUCGACAAGCUUACAGAAUUUGUACGUUCAAAUCAUCCUUAUGAAGUUUGUGAAGUAAUUUCACUCCCGAUCAAAAACGGAAAUCCACCGUACUUGAAAUGGAUCGGGGAAUCUGUGCCUGAUAGUAAUUAAUUAUUAAGUUAUACUUUUUGUUCAUUAUUCUGGUUUCUGUUUCAUGUAUAACCUGUGCGUAUUAUUUAAAUGUAGAUUAAAAAUAAAAUAAGUUCUUUCAACUCUUUAAUUGGAAAAUGACAUUAACACAGUACACAACUGUAGUAUAGGAGAUCCUGUAAUUGUAUGUUAAAAAUAACAUAGUUUAAUUUUACAAAUAACUUUUGGCAAAAUUUUAAGAUUUUAUUUUCAUAUUUAUACUGAACGCUGGUUUGAUACAUUUGAUAAAUAAAAAACAUUACUAGAUAUUUUUUUUUUUUUAAAUAUACAUAUAAUAAAUGACAAUGAAAAUUAAAAUUAAAAAAUAUUGCUUAGCAACAACUAAGUUGAAAUAGUCAUCAAAUGGCUUAGAAAAACAAAAACAGCAAAAAAAAUGCAGAAAAAGUGUAAAUAAAACCAGCAAAUAGCUUAUUUUGAAUUGGGCGGGCACCUAAAUAUUUUCUGAAACAUAAAUAAAACUCUUAUACUAUACGUUUUUUACUAAACAUUAAAGAAACACUUAUUAUUAUAUCAAAUAAAUGCCUACUAUAGCCAACAUAGUCUGUUUUUUCAUAAUCAUUAUAAUAAAAGUAAUAGUUAAUCUCUGGUCUAAAUGAGAUAUUUCGUAAUUAAUGUGUUAUUUCACCAAGCAAGGAAUGUAAACUUUGUUAAAAAUAAAUUGAAUUUAAAUUAAUACUAAAGGAAUAAUUUAGAUUUAAUUGAUUUUAUAGAUAAGUGUAAUGCCAUUCCGUUUAGUGUUAUUUACACAAUUCACGUCUUGAAUUUUGGCAUUUAUUACUUUUAAAAAGUUAGUAAAUUAUUAUAUAGAUAAAAAAUGUAUGUUGCUGUUUUUUGUAUUUUUAAAUCUAGUCGAUUAAACGUUUUUUGUGUAUAAUAAAUAUUAAGUAUGAAAGCAUUUGUGUAAGAAUAUGUAAUUUUAAGAUUUAACUAUCGUAAUAAAAAUUUUUUUUUUGAAAAAGCUUAAGUGGAUUGUUUCUUCAUUUUAAGGUUAUGACGAAAUUGGUUUUAUUAUUUGU